AUGUCACUUAUGGAAGAUUUCUGUGGAUCAGAAUUUUGGUUAUGGAAGAUUUCUGUGGAUCAGAAUUUUGGUGAUAUUAAACUCGUCGAUUUGGGACUCGAGUACACCUUUUGUGACCCUAUGUUUCAGAGACACAGUUCUCGUAUGGAUUCCAUUGUGACAAUACUGCUAUUGAUUGUCAGUAUCUGUGAUGCCAUUUAUUCAAUCGUAAAGAUCGCUCAAAACAGUUCAUAUCAUAAAUAUCUGCUUUACUCAACACUCAUCAGAGUGUUAGUAAUAGCUGUCCAGACAUUUAACCGUAAGAAAGGUAUUGCCACUUCCGGUUCACUAUUUAUAUUCUGGGCCCUCCUAUCCAUAUGUAAUGCAAUUAAUGUUUAUUCGUUAAUAAGCGAAUCAAUACAAAUACAUAUCCACUCCUCAAAUAUAAUCAAAGACAUCGAAGAGUUUACAAACACAACGAGUUUGAUUUAUUUGCCGCUAGUAUUAGUGCAGCUCAUAUUAAGCUGCUUUUCCGACGCAUCGCAACAAAAAACCGAAAAAGAGUUGAACCCCAAAGAGACGGCAUCUUUCUUCUCGAAGCUAUGGUUCUUCUGGUUCUCAACCCUUAUAUACCGGGGCUUCAAGAAGUCCCUCAUCCAGGAGGACAUGUGGACAUUGAGUCCCGGCAACAGAACCGAUGUCAUCGCCGACCGAUUGGACGCCUAUUUAACCAAAAAACGAAACCAAAAACAGAAACAAAACAAAAACAAAGAAAAUACAAAACUGAAACCAAAUGAAAGUGGAGAGAAAAUCAAUAUAAUUUGGCCCAUAUUUAAGAUGUAUUGGACUCAUCUUCUGUUUGUCGCUAUCGUUAAACUCAUCCCAAGUGUUCUCACAUUUGUCAGCUCUUUAGUGCUAAAGGAGUUAAUAGGCUUUAUGCAAUCUGGUCAAUACGGCGAUUGUAAGCAACCGUUAUGGCACGGCUUCCUCUUUGCCAUUAUUAUGUUCACGUCGUCUACCAUUGAGUCUCUCCUCAACUCUCAAUACGAUUACCAUAUCUUCGUGUUUGCGAUGAGAGUCCGUUCGGCACUCAUAUCAAUCAUUUAUAAUAAAGUGAUUAAAUUGUCACCGAAUGGACGCAAAGUGUUCACCACCGGAGAGAUAGUGAACAUAAUGUCUGUGGACACCCAGAGGGUGAUGGAGUACGUCCAACUCGCUAACCUAUUGUGGAUCUGUCCGCUUCAGAUCGGUAUUAGUAUAUACCUGUUGUGGCAGGAGUUACAGUACGGAUCGUUGGCCGGACUUAUCGUUAUGUUAGCUCUACUGCCCGUCAAUGCUUUCAUCGGCGCGCGGAUGAGAGGGCAACAGAUCCGUCUGUUGAAGCAAAGAGACCAAAGAACUAAACUCAUGAGCGAAAUACUCAACGGUAUUAAAGUGCUUAAACUGUACGCAUGGGAGACAUCCUUUGACCAAUUGAUCCGCAAAUUCAGAUCAUUAGAAAUGAAAAAUCUAAGAAAACAGGCCUAUCUAUCGGCCGGAAUCACAUUUGCUUUCAAUUCCGCCCCAUUUUUUGUGGCGAUCGCAAGUUUCUCCACUUAUUUAAUGAUUGACAGAAGCAAUGUGUUGGACGCGCAGAAGGUGUUUGUAUCGCAGGCCAUAUUCAAUAUACUUCGCCGACCAUUAGCCUUCUUUCCACAACUCAUCACAACAACAAUGAUGUUUUUUGUGUCAAUCCGUCGGAUAAAUAAGUUUAUAAAUUGCGAUGAAUUGAAAGAUCAAUCGCCAGGUAUUGGCGGCAAUCAAAGUAAAGACCAUCAGAGCAACGGUAAGGCCAACGGUGUGACCAACGGUAUAGCAAACGGAAUGUCAAACGGAAAAUCAAAAAGCGAUUCCCAGAUAGUGUUGUCGAACGCAUCCUUUAAAUGGGAUUCCGAUGAGACGACUCCCAGUCUCUCCAAUAUAUCACUCGACGUAAAGCCAAACAAAUUGAUUGCAAUCGUCGGCAAAGUGGGGACCGGGAAGUCGUCGUUCCUGUCGGCGCUGUUGGGAGAGAUGGAACAGAUCUCCGGCUACAAGAAUAUCAUCGGUUCCAUGGCUUAUGUGCCGCAACAGGCGUGGAUCCAAAACGCGAGCGUCAGAAACAACAUCUUAUUUGGCAAAGAAUACAAUUCCGAUAAAUAUAAUAAAGUUAUUCACAGCUGUGCUCUCGAACCCGACUUUGCUUUACUCUCAGGCGGCGAUUUAACAGAAAUCGGAGAAAAAGGUAUUAAUCUAAGCGGUGGUCAGAAGCAACGGAUCAGUUUAGCCCGUGCUGUGUAUAACGACGCCGAUGUGUAUCUAUUGGACGAUCCGUUGUCUGCGGUUGACUCACACGUCGGGAAACACAUCUUCGACAACGCAAUCGGACCAAAAGGACUGCUCAAAAACAAGACCCGAAUUCUGGUCACACAUAAGAUAGCGGUUCUGCCGCACGUCGACGAGAUUGUGGUCCUCAAAGACGGCCAGAUCUCUGAGUGCGGCUCGUAUUCGCAACUAAUCCGAAACGGCGGUAGUUUUGCCGAAUUUUUAGCCGAAUUCAUGUCCGACGGACCCGAAGAGAUCGUAGAGCCCGAAGACAUGGAGAUCAUCGAAGAGAUGGCCAAUCAUAUCGAGCGGCAAUUGUCUCGUUAUUCGAGUAACGGAACCGAAUUCAUGUCCGACGGACCCGAAGAGAUCGUAGAGCCCGAAGACAUGGAGAUCAUCGAAGAGAUGGCCAAUCAUAUCGAGCGGCAAUUGUCUCGUUAUUCGAGUAACGGAAGUAUCCGAAGAAGGUUUUCGAUGAGAAGCAGUUCAAUGAUUAGCGGCAAUGACUCCGAAGCCGUCGAAACAGAAAAUGCAUUAAAACAGAAGACAGAGGACAAGAAGAAGAUCGAGAACUCGAAACUCAUUUCGACAGAGCAUCUGAAGACCGGUUCCGUCGGCUAUAAAGUGUAUUACGAUUACAUGAAAGCGAUCGGAAUAUUUGGCACAAUUGUAUUAGUGGUGGCGUAUAUCGCGGCCAACGCUUUCAAUGUCGGCACUCAAGUCUGGUUGAGUGACUGGUCUAAUGACGCUCACGUCAACGGCUCUACCAUUUCCACACAGGAAAGGCUCGAAGUGUACGCCGGGCUCGGUAUGGGUCAGACCAUAUUCAUACUGAUCGCCACCAUUACCCUUAACCUGUCCUGCCUUCGGGGCUCAAGCAUUCUUCACGACCGGAUGCUCGACAAUGUCAUCCGACUUCCCAUGUCUUUCUUUGACACCACUCCUAUCGGUCGAAUACUCAAUAGAUUCUCCAAAGACACGGAUGUGACAGAUAUCACACUUUCAAUAUCUAUAAGAACGCUAACCAUAGAGUUCUUCAGGACGUGUGGAUUGAUAGCGAACAUAGCGUUGGGAACGCCUGUAGUGUUGGUGGCGUUCCUCCCGUUGGGAAUCCUAUACUACGGGAUACAGAAGUAUUACAUCUCGACGUCGCGACAGUUGAAGCGCUUGGAGUCUGUGUCGCGUUCGCCCAUAUAUUCCCACUUCUCAGAGACAGUGGCCGGCGCCUCAUCCAUACGAGCGUACGGCGCGAUACACCGAUUCAUCGACGAGUCCAACCGUAAGGUUGACAUAAAUCACACCUGUUAUUACCCGAGCGUUGUGUCCACGCGUUGGCUCACAGUUAGGCUCGAGUUUUUGGGAAAUUGUUCGGUGUUUUUCACGGCCCUGUUUUCGGUGCUAUACAGGGGCUCGUUGUCGCCGGGAAAGGCCGGUUUGGCCAUCACUUCGGCGCUUUCUAUAACUUCUGCGCUCAACCUUCUGGUUAGAGGAAGCACUGACUUGGAGUCCAAUAUUGUUUCGGUUGAGAGGAUAAUAGAGUACACCAAAGAGAAACAGGAGGCCGAAUGGUUCGGCGACACAUCUAAACUGGACAAGUCGUGGCCAUCGAAGGGCGCCAUUGACUUCAAUAACUACAGCACCCGAUAUCGAGAGGGACUCGAUUUGAUACUCAAGAGGAUUGACGUGAAUAUAGCGCCGGGAACUCGAGUGGGAAUUGUCGGCCGAACCGGCGCUGGAAAGUCGUCCCUAACGUUGGCCUUAUUCCGCAUCAUUGAAGCCGACGGCGGAUCCAUAGCUAUAGAUGGGGUCACUAUCGCUAAUCUGGGUCUACAAGACUUGAGAUCAAGGCUGACAAUCAUCCCUCAGGAUCCGGUGCUCUUCACGGGAUCGCUUCGUUUGAAUUUGGAUCCGUUUAACAGAUAUUCUGACGACGAGUUAUGGACAGCACUAGAAUUGGCUCACCUGAAGAGAUUCGCCACUUCUUUGGAAGCCGGACUCGACCAUCAAAUCACUGAAGGCGGCGACAAUCUGAGUGUCGGUCAAAAGCAAUUGGUAUGUCUGGCCAGAGCUCUGCUCAAGAAGUCGUCCAAGAUUUUAGUGUUAGACGAGGCGACCGCUGCGGUCGACCUCCAGACCGACGAACUCAUCCAAAAGACAAUUAGAGAUGAGUUCUUCGACUGCACUAUCGUUACGAUCGCUCACCGAUUGAACACAAUUAUGGAUUACGACAAAGUGAUUGUUAUGGACAGCGGGACAGUUGUCGAGUACGACUCUCCCAACGCCCUCCUCAACGACAAACACUCAACUUUCUAUUCAAUGACCAGAGAUAGUCACCAGAGAAAUCGUUUGCACAAUAAUUUCUAUGGACUUUUGGACUUUACAUUGAGUUUAUAA